AUGGGGUCGCACACGCUCAACGUGCCGGUGCGCGUCUUCUCGUGGACGGCGCGUCUCAUGGAGCUCGUCUUUCUCGCGUUGCUCAUCACCUUCUGCGUGUACCUCUCAAAGGACAAGACAGAUCCCUCGCUCUCCGUGUAUGGCGGGAUGUCCGCGUGCUUCAAUUGCGACAACGGGUGGAACUGGCACGUGCUGCUCAUGGGUAUUGCCUUCGGCAUCGCCAUGACAGAAUCCGUUCUCGCCUUCUGCUCCUCCUCUCUCAGGGCGAACGGGUACGCCAAGUGGGUGCACCUGGCGUGGCAGCUGAUCGCGCUCAUCCUGGCAGCAGCGGGGUUGGCGUCAAUCAUCGUGGCCAAGAACUAUUCAUCCAGCAAGCACAUGUACUCCGUUCACGCCUACUGCGGCGUGCUCACCCUCGCGCUCUUCACCCUGCAGUUCUUCUGGGGCCUGUGCGCGUUCGUGCUCUUCAAGAGCCGCCUGUCCGACUCAACGCGGUACCAGAUGGGUACCUACCACAUCCUGCUGGGCAAGCUCACCUACUAUGCUGGCAUCGGCACCUGCGUGAACGGGUUGGCGGACAUGCAGAUGAUGAUGGUGGAUUCAGGGCAGCCGGCGUACGACGGUGCGAGCAUGUCACAGAGCUGGGCUGCCAUCUUCCUCUGGUUCACCUCGGCUGCUGUGUUUUGCGCCAUGACAACUUCUAGGACCGCCGAGCUCGUUCUCUUUAUUGUGGUCGCUGCGCUGUUGGUGCUCGCGCUGAAGGGACACAGCCAAGACCAAGGCCAAGCGAUCAAGCUAGCACACCUCAUGCAACCCGACCCACCUACCACACCAGCACCUCUCGCCUUGGCCAGUGCGACAGCAAAGCCAAACCGCACGCUCGUUCCUCCCCCGACCGCUGCGACCGAGGCGAUAUCAACUCUCCCCGCAGGGGCGCUGUCAGAUAGCGCCGUCCCCAGGCAGUACCUCCCCGAGGCAGCGGUGGGCGGCAGUGGCAGCGCGUCGGUGCAGGCGAUUUACGCGAAGCUGACGGGGCGGCAGGUGGUGCCGGCGCGCGGGGAUCCCAAGGCUUACGGCUUCCUGAACGCCACCAUUCACAGACAUUCCAGCGGAACGCUCUGGUUGGAAUACAAGGUGAUCAUCAUCGGGCUGUCGCGCGACGCGCCGCCGCGGAAGAUGAGCGCGCACCGCGGGAGGAAGGGCGAGGCGGGCGCGCACCAUGAUCGCCUCCUGGACCUGCCGUGCGGCACCACGGCGCGCCGCGCCGGUCACCACGCCGCGGACAGCGCUUCCCUCACGGUGACCUGCGCGGGCGCGGUGGGGGGAAGCGCGGAGGAGCUGCGCGCCGACGCGGGGAGGGGCGCGGGGGAGCACGAGGCGGGGAUGGGUGAACGUUACGCUGCAGCAGGGGUGGUGAGUGUGCUGGGAGGGGCGGCAGUGGAGGAGAGGAGUUGUGACAGCAGUGCAGCAAAGGACGACGGCUGCCCAGUGGGACCCGGCGGUGGCCCUGCCCCGCCACCUCCUCUUCCUGCCGCCCAACCCAUUCCUGCCGCCCCACCAAUUCCUGGCCCCAACCCUCUUCCUGCCACCCAUCCUCGUCCUGUUGCCCCCAUCCUUCCUGCCGCCCCACCUAGUCCUGCCACCCAGCCCCUUCCUGCUGCCCCACCCCUCCCUGCAGCCCAUCCUCUUCCCACCGCCCCUCCUCCUCGUCCUGCCGCCCCUACUUUUCCCACCGCCCCUCCUCCUCGUCCUGCCGCCCCUACUUUUCCCACCGCCCCUCCUCCUCGUCCUGCCGCCCCUACUUUUCCCGUUGCCCUUCCUCGUCCUCCACCUCUUAACCCAAAACCCCCUUUCCCCCCUCGUUUAGCAGCCACUGUCGGCCCACCCUGCUCGUCACCUCUACGCCUCUUUCUUCCCCGCCCCCCAGUGCCCCCUCUACCCAUCCACCCCCCAGCACCCCUUGUUCCAACCCUCACCCCAGUGCCCCCUGUGUUCACCCGCCCUCCCCUCUGCCUCCCCCCUGCCGGCUUCUCCUCCCAAUCCUCCAUACUGCCAUCCUCGCUAUAA